AUGCGGGAGAUGUUGACAGUUGUGUUCGGAUUGGGACCAGGUACUUGCAUGCCCGUCUCGUUCGCGGACGGCACCUCGUCAGAGGCCCCUGAUGCUCGUCCACCAUUUCCGUAUUUUCCUCCUCUUCUUCAUGGCUACCUGUCUCUUCGUCAGCACCUUCCUCAAGGUCCUCAAUCUCAACCACCCACUCAGCAGGUGGGGUCGAACCACGGACACGGUGUGGCCUAUCCACAUUCUGCCGCAUCAAAUCUCCGAAGGGCAGUCCCACUCUUUCCGGCAGCUGCCCACUUCCCUGCUGCUGCCCACUUCCCUGCUGCUGCCCACUUCCCUGCUGCUGCCCACUUCCCUGCCGCUGCCCACUUCCCUGCUGCUGCCCACGUCCAUGCCGCUGCCCACUUCCCUGCUGCUGCCCACUUACUUGCUGCUGACCAUGUCCCUGCUGCUGUCGUCGACGGCAAUCGUCUCUGA